AUGAUAACAACAACAACAACAACAACGCAUGAUAACACAGCAGAAUCAAAGCCAUAUAGUUGCCCCGAAUGCCAUCAAACGUUUAGCAGACCACACAAUUUAAAGUCUCAUCUUACCACUCAUUCCGCCGAGCGACCAUAUCGGUGCGAUGUCUGUAACCAUCAUUUUAGAAGACAUCAUGACUUGAAGCGCCAUCAAAAGCUGCAUACAGGAGAAAGGCCCUACGUUUGUAAGAACUGCUUCCGUUCAUUUGCUCGACUGGAUGCACUCAAUCGUCAC